AUCGUCCGGCCGCACGCCAUGGACGCGCGCGCUUCGCGACCCCGUCAACCGCCUGCGCUGAGCUGCAGCGACACCAUCACCGAUUCAGCUAGCAUCCACAUCGGCAGAAUCGUUUCACGUCACGUCCACCCGUGCACGCAUCUCGCUAGGCUAGCAUUACAUAUAGCCAGCAGCGCAUGGUCACCACCAUGAUCAACUCUCGAGAAAAAUCGAGCAGCUAGUUAGUUCCUCACUUCUAGGGAUUCGCUUUGGCUACGUACAUUGGUGUACGAUGGCGUCGUCUCGCUCCGUCGUGCUCCGGGUGCUGGUCGCGGUGGCCGUCGUGGCAGCAGCCGGGGCGCCGCGCCUCGCCGUCGCGGACUCGCCGCCGCUUCAGGACAUCUGCGUGGCCGACCUGCGGGCGGCGACAGCGGUCGACGGGUUCCCGUGCAAGCCGACGGCGUCCGUGGUGAGCGACGACUUCUUCUGCGACGCCAUCGUCCAGGCGCCCAGCACGAGCAACCCGUUCGGCGUCAACUCCACGCGCGCCACGGUGUCCGCGUUCCCCGGCCUGAACACGCUGGGCCUCUCCAUCACGCGCACCGACCUCGCGCCCGGCGGCCUCAACCCGCCGCACUCGCACCCGCGCGCCUCGGAGCUCGUGCUCGUGCUCAGCGGCGAGGUCAUGGUGGGGUUCACCACGGCGGCCAACCGGCUCUUCUCCAAGGUGGUCAGGGAGAAGGAGCUCUUCGUCGUGCCCCGCGGCCUGCAGCACUUCCAGCUCAACGUCGGCGCCGGCAACGCGUCGUUCGUCGCCAUGUUCGACAGCCAGUCGCCCGGCCUCGUCACGCCGACCUUCGCGCUCUUCGCGACCCAGCCGGCCAUGCCGAUGGAGGUGCUCGCCAAGACGUUUCUCAUGGGCGAGGAUGAAGUGGGCGCCAUCAAAUCUAAGUUUGCCGGCUUCUGACCGUGAUGGUCAUUGGUUUAGCAGCGCAGAUCGAUGGCAGAUGCUAUAUUGCUAAUGCUGCCCCCCAUUCUUUUGUGUGCGUUCGUGUGUGUAUUUGUUUGUUUUUCAUGGGUAUAUUAUAAGUGGCAUUUGUUUGCUACUACAUCGUCUAAAUUGUGUAUCUGAAAUGAAUUUCAGUGCGAGAUCUGUGAAAUGAAUCUACUAUAUUGUGCUGUGCAUAUAGUGAUACUGAUGUGUAAUGUGUUCCAUCUGGAAAUUAAUGCAAGGUGUGAUGUGUGAUUGAUUUCUAUGAUUUA